AUGUCAAACACCCUCCGCCCCUACCUCAACGCAGUUCGUGCAACCCUCACCGCAGCCCUCACCCUCGAGAACUUCUCCUCCCAGGUCGUGGAACGACACAACAAGCCCGAGGUCGAAUGCCAGUCCACCCCAGAGGUCCUCCUCCAUCCAUUAACCAUCUCCAGGAAUGAGAGCGAGCGCGUAUUGAUCGAGCCGAGUGUUAAUUCCAUCCGACUGUCGAUUGCAAUCAAGCAGGCAGAUGAGAUUGAGAAGAUCCUGUGUCACAAGUUCACGAGGUUUAUGAUGAUGAGGGCGGAGGGCUUUGUCAUUCUGAGGAGAAAGCCGUUACCCGGCUAUGAUAUCUCAUUCCUGAUCACCAACUUCCACUCCGAGUCUAUGCUCAAGCACAAGCUUGUCGAUUUCAUCAUCCAGUUCAUGGAGGACGUCGACAAGGAGAUCUCGGAGAUGAAGCUGUCGUUGAAUGCUCGGGCGCGAAUUGUCGCCGAGAGUUACCUUGCCACGGUGCGUCCGCGGUGA